AGUCCACAUACAUGGAGACCUAGCUAGAGAGAGAAAGAGAAGGAUUUAUAUAUUCUAAAAAUUAAACUAGUGAACCAUAGAAGCCAGGAGAAGGGCCGCGAAGCCAAGAGGAACAGAGUCCACAAGCGACCGAUUCCCUUCAACCCCGCCCCCAUCUUAUGGUUUCUGUUACGGCCAAGCCGGCCGACGGCGGAGGCGGCGGAGGAGCGGCGGUGCUCUUCUUCUCCGACCCUCACCACUACAAGCAGCCCGGCAGCCCCAUGGCACUUCCCGGGCUGGCCGGCGGCGGCUCCCUCCCUACUCCCUCCGCCGCAGCGGCCACCACCGCGUCGUCGUCCGACGACGCCAGCAAGAAGAUCCGGAAGCCGUAUACUAUCACCAAGUCCAGGGAGAGCUGGACGGAGCAGGAGCACGACAAGUUCCUCGAGGCCCUCCAGCUUUUUGAUCGUGACUGGAAAAAGAUAGAAGCAUUUGUUGGCUCAAAGACAGUCAUCCAGUCUUUGCAGAUAAGGAGCCAUGCACAGAAAUACUUUCUGAAGGUUCAAAAGAAUGGGACUAGUGAACAUGUACCGCCCCCUCGACCCAAGCGAAAAGCAGCUCAUCCAUAUCCACAGAAGGCCUCUAAAAAAUGGUUAGUCCCGUUCAGCAGAAUUAUUACCUUUCAUACUAGAAUACAGUUGCAACUUAUGUUUCUUUUGGGAACAUCUGCAGCUCCCCUGAUACCUCAAGCGGCAGCUCCAAUUCAAGCUUCUUCAUGUCUGCUUGAACCAGGGUAUGCCCUCACGACAGAUGCAUCUUCUGUGCUGCGGAACUCUACCACCAAUGCAAUAGUUUCUCCACGGGCUCACAGUUCUGUUCAGCCUGUUAGUGCAUCUCAUGCAAUAAAAGAUGAUGUAGGACCUAUUGGAGCUGUUAUGGCAAAUAACUGCUGUUGUAGCAGCACUGAGAGCCCAUCUGUAACUUGGCAAACUUGUGAAACAACUGAUCAAGAAAAUCAUGUCCCAUCUCUUCGUGUUAUGCCAGACUUCACUCAGGUGUACAGCUUUCUUGGCAGUGUGUUUGAGCCAAAUACAAGUGGUCAUUUGUUGAAACUGAAAGAAAUGGAUCCAAUUGAUGUUGAAACAGUAUUGUUGUUGAUGAAGAAUCUAUCGAUUAAUUUGAUUAGCCCUGAAUUUGAGCCCCAUAGAAGGUUGCUCUCAUCAUACAGUGCUGGCACAGAGGAAGUUAAACCUGGUAGUGCUAACAACUCUCCCCAAGUUAGUGAAACUAUGAAUACUUCAUUCAUGGUGAAAGGUGAAUGAAUGGCAUUCAAGCUUCUAUGGCUGUAAUAUAUUUGGUUUUCAGUGUGUCCAAGUUUUGUGCGCAAUACAGUAAUACACUCAAGGCAGUGAGGAUUAGCCCGCACAGCUAAGUGGGGAGUUUCUCCAUUUUCCGUUGUGAGCUUUCUCGAAACACAAGCCUUAAGGUCUAGAAUAAUGUUUGUGGUGAGAUCUUGACAACUGGUUAUGAGAUAAUUCUUGUACAGAUCCCUGACACCUUCUGCUUCAUAGGGUUUUGAUUUGUAUGUACGUAUGUAUGUAUCUAUAUCAGUUGUGCAAUCUUUCUAACAAUAUGUACCAGCAUAGAGGAUGCAUGCUUCUUGAUUCCUCAUGUAUCUAUAUUUUAUGUCAGUUUCCUAUGUAGAAUUUCUGACACAGUACCUCUUAAAGUUUUUAUGAAAUGUAUAACAAGGGCGAGUUACUCUUGAAUAAUGAUGUAUUUCUGACAUA